AUGCCAGACGUACGCACGAGAGCCGUGGACCGCAGGGGUACAACACCGAGCAACAGAAAAGUCCGAUUCACAUAUAGCCAGUCUCGCAGGAUUGUCAAUGAGUCACAAACUACGGAUGUAUUUGAAAGUGCGGGCCGGGGUAUUGAGGAUGGUCUGGAUCCCGUCCUGUCGGAACCACUUGCGAUGCCAAUACCGCCAACAGAUGCAUUUGUACUUGAUGAGUCUGACGCCCAAGAGAAUAACGCCCAACCAGCCAUCAAAAGUGUUCACGAGUUACGCCGUGCCGGCGCGAAGAAUAGGGUUGCUCAGGGUGUCGGAAAGGAAGAUGAUCUUAUUUGUGGCUUUGCUCUCGUGUCUGCCCUUCUCUCGUUCCUAACCUCCAGUCCAGCACCCAAUUUACUCCGUCAGCUCGCAUGCGAUGGUAUUGGUAAAUUACUGGCGAUUCUUCUCCGGGUCGGUGACGACAUUGUUACUGUGGCGUCUCAGAAGAGCUUGAACAUAUCUUGCGUGUCACGAUCAUCGGUUGGGGCGGUCAAGGCUAUCCUGCAAGGACUACCGAUAUGGCAUGGCUACCGACCUGCCGUAAUUUCUCCACGGACUGUGUCGCUGCAGCUCAUGGCGUUGCUUAGCCGUUCUGUCGAUGCAGGAUUACUAGAUCAGAUAUUGCUAGAUUCCCAAGAGGAUAUCAUAUCUGUUGCAACAUGGGCGAGCGAAGAAGGCUCCUACAGUGAAGUGGACUACGCCCUUACCGUCUUUACACUUGAGACGCAAUCUAGUGCUGGAGUCGCACCAAGACUGAACGGUGACGGUGGUCACCCUGCAAGAAUCGCUCGACUGCUUUCAAGGGCUUUCCUGCAAUGGCCUAGCGGGCGCGCGGAGCUUGACUCCGCGAUUCUCAAACUCGCUCUUAAUACCACUAACACGGAAGUUGAAGCCGCCGCUUUUGGGGACCCUGAGCUCUCCACGAGACUAGCCUGCAGCAUCGGCGAUUUAUUCACCGAUGUUCAAGGUGCUAUAGUGGCUGGGAAGUUGAAGAGCGAGAAAUACGAUGAGCUAUUGCUGAUGCUUGGUGUCAUGAUUAAUAUCAUGGAGUAUUGUCCUUCAGCACGAAGUAUGGUUGAUGCGGAGGCGAUAGAUGAUCUAAUUAGACUCUGGCAGGAAAAUCAGCAAUUUGUUGGAGAGGCGGACUCUGUUGAGAAGUCAAAGCUUAGCGUAGUUAUCGGGUACCUAUCUUUGCUACUCGGAUACAUGUGUCUUUCUGACCAGGUCAGAAAGCAGGUCGAGCAUUAUCUUGGACCAGGCGGGCUACAAACCCUCAGGGGUUCAAUCCAACAGUUUGCCACUAUGUAUAAAGCAGUGGAUAGCAAGGCCUAUUCCCUAGAUACUUUGCUGGAUGAACUUUGGCAGCUUGGGUAA